GAUCGCGUGGUAGGUGAAUUCCGUUCCGUGCGCGUGUGAUCACUGUGCCUGCUGUCGAUUCGUCAGCGUAGCCAUUGAAGAAGCUGCGAGAAGAUGAUCGUAUGACUAGAGUGUGCCCAAGCCAACUAUGGCCACAGUGGGAAUUAGCGAUCUACCAGUGGAUGUGUGAAACGGCCAAAUAGUUAAGCCGCCGCGGCGUUCGGUCCGACGCGGAGAGCGAAAACAAAAACUUAUCAUCAUUCCGCGGUGCGGGCGCGUUAGAUGCGUGGCCAAACAUCAUCGUAGAGGCGCUACAGCUGGAGCUCAAAGAUAUAAAUACAAAAUGAUGCUCCGCAACAUAUUAUCAUCCAUGCUGUGGUGGUGUAUUUUUAUACUCUUCACGCAACGCGCGUCCGAAUGUGCAUCGUUCUUCUCAAAUGCAGAACCUGCUGGCAUUGGCGCACCCGGAUUGCUACCGUCGCUGUGUGGCGACAGCAGCGAGUCCAGUGAGCAGUACGUGAGCGAUAAAGGGGCGACUUCGAGCGUGGUGCUUAGUUUGCGCCCGGAACACGGCCGAGGCUCGUCCUCAUCGUCCUGCAAGCGCCAGUUCCGGGCACCGGAUGCGUACAGCUUUUUCGUGCGCUUGCAGCGUGUUCCCGGUACCGCCGGAUCGCGGGGCGCACCGAGCCGAAAGUAUAGCAACAGCAAGUCCAGCAACAGCACCGACAGCUGCUCCCUUACGAUUUCGCAAUCGGCCAACGGUGAGGUGUUGCCCUCGUGGCGCCUCGAUCCGUGCUCCCUGGAAGCGUCGGGAGCGGGCGACGAUCAGAUGCGCCUGCUGCAGGGCAAGCUGAACAUCGUGUGGAACCACGACGGGAAUGCGCCCAACUAUCGGCUGCAGAUCACGGUGGUCGGUCAGGGGACCGUGUGCUUGGAGAAGGAAAAACAUUCCUGCCUAGAUUACGUCGGCAUGCCGCUGCUCUGCGUUGCCCGCGAACUGAUAUGUGAUGGCGUGCCGAACUGUCCGCCCCUCGGAAGCGAUGUGAGCGAUGAGAACGAAAUGAUGUGCGCCAAACACAGACUCGAAGAAUACUCGUCAAACCCUGUCCAAUCGGUGUUCAGAAAGUACAUUCAAAAUACGCUAAAGUCGUUCUUCGGCGGUGAACCAGAUGAGUUGCCACCAGGCGGAGUGGCAGAUUCGUUGAACGACCAAUUCGCGGUACGUUUUCCACCACAACCACCAACAUCAUCAUCGUCAUCGCCAUUGCUGCCAGCUGGCACAAGCACCACCGAGACCGCAGUGCCGGCGAAAAAGCACCGCAACUCGCUGACCGGGCUCUCCAAGUACGGCCCGUGGGGCUAUCUGUUCCUGGGCAUGCUGAUAUGCGGUGGUGCGUUGCUAAUUUGCGGUUUAUGGGAAUGUUGCUGUCGAUCGCACAAACCCGAGCACAGUCCCGAUGAUUCGUUGCCCGACGCCGUCCCUUCGUUUCUGCAAACGUCGCCUUCACCCGCCGACGUCAACGGACGCAUUGUGACACAAAACGGUCCCAUUCCAAGCCUCAAUCUUCCUCACUACGGUGAGCUCGAUCCACCGCCCGCUUACUCGGUGCUGUUUCCAUACCAAAAACCCUCCGACGACACCGGCACCGAAAGUGAGCGACCGAUAGUAGUGACCUCCUCCGAGGAACCGCGGGUGCUGACGGUGGCUGACGGCCAUUCCGGCACCGUCCGUAGCAAUAUUAGUAGUAACAGCAUUGUAACUUCCGAUUCCCGAGACGAUGGGACACCGGAGCCGGCUUCACCACAGCAGCGCCCCGUCCCAUCGGUGCCACAUUCGUCGUCAUCCCAGGCCUAGCAUAUGCAGCGUGCGGAACCAUGAGGUGGCAUAAAUCGUUGGCUUUGGGUGAUUGCUCAUGAUGAUGGUGAUGAUUGUAAAGAGCACAAACGCGUCUGGUUCAGUCGGAUAGAGUUAGUUCACAUUUCUUCGGUUUCCUUUCCUGUUGGAAUGUUUAUAAUGUUCCUCCUUUUCGCUACUUUUACCCGGCUCCCACGAGACAACACUUUGUCGAUGAAAGGCUGAGUGGUUCGGAGUCAAGCGAUUUUACUCACAAAAAGAAAACAAACGUUGAGCAGAUUUCGUUCAAAGCGUCGUUUCCGUAUGCUGUUUCCGUAGUUUCGGACCGCGGUGUGCUUCUUAUCCUUAGCGAAAUCGCUGCGACACACUGAUAGGCGACCGACUGCCGGAAAGCAUGACCGGCUAGGCAAGACAACGAACGGAACACAGCGGCCGACACUCGCUCGGGCAUUUAACCAUGACACGGCAUUAACGAAUAUGUUAGAGAGAAAAAAUAGAGCGACAGUGACAGUGGAAGAAUAGCACGAAUAGCAGCAGCGGUAGCAGAGUAUCGGCCAGCGUUUUUGAUGCAUUUGCAAUCGCUUUGAGGGAUCGGUGUAGCGGCGAUCAUACUCGACUCCCAUAUCCCCAAACAAGCCUCUGGACGUACCCCGCCACAAUGCUAGCCAUCUAGCCAACAACCACAGCAACUUACAGCAGUACACGAGCAGAGAGCACAAUACAUACCGAAGAAAAUCCUCGAUUAACGUUUAAGGGACGCAUUUAGGGUCACUCACGAUGGUAGGAGUACUAGUAUACUAAACCUAAGAUGCUACUAACAACGAUGCGUAAUGUGAUAUUAAUUUAUUGAUAAACAUCGAAUAAAACCAA